CCUUUUUCUCCGUUCCCUGUCAACCCGCCUCUGACUCCAUCCCCUUCUCUAUCGGCGGCCGUCACCGCCGCUCGCACUCGCAGCAAACGCGGCACAAGACGCCACGCCGCGCCGCCCGCUCGCGCACUCCACCCCGAGUCUCCGGCGAGUCCCCUCGCGAGGGCUCGAGCGCCAACAGGAGGAGGAGGAGGCGAGAACCCUAGGCCCGGCGCCGGCGGCCCGCAAGAUUGUUGAGCUAAAAUGGGAGUGGCAGGUCACAAUGAUCCAUUGUUAGGUGAAACCACAUGUGGAUCUUUGCUGCAGCAACUUCAGCUGAUCUGGGAUGAGGUUGGUGAGAGUGAUGAUGAUCGCGACACGAUGUUACUUCAGCUCGAGCAGGAAUGCUUAGAUGUUUAUAGGAGAAAGGUUGAUCAGGCUUCUAGUUCCAGGACAUGUCUCCUUCAACAACUCGCCAACUCCAAGUCUGAGCUGGCUAGACUUCUUUCUGCACUAGGAGAGCUGUCUGUUUCUGGCAUUCCUGACGAGACAACUGGUACAAUCAAGGAGCAACUAGCAGCUAUAUCACCUUCCUUGGAACAACUCUGCAGGAAAAAAGAGAGUAGGGUGAAGGAGUUUGCUGAUGUACAACUUCAGAUUCAGACACUACGUGGUGAAAUCGCUGGGAAUCUACAAGUUGGUGACCACUUGGAUACACCCCAUGUUAAUGAGGACGAUCUUUCAGUGAAGAAAUUAAAUGAAUUUCUUUCUGAACUACAAGCCCUACAAAAGGAAAAGAGUAAUAGGCUCCACAAGAUUCUCGAAUUUGUGAGUUCAGUGCAUGAUCUCUGUUCUGUACUUGGGAUGGAUUUCUUGAUCACUGUUACUGAAGUUCAUCCUAGUCUUGAUGACUCUAUUGGUGUUCAGUCCAAGAGCAUUAGUGAUGAAACAUUAUCCAAGUUAUCAAAAAUGCUGAUUGGACUUCAAGAAGAAAAAGCAAAGAGGUUUGCACAGAUUCAAGCCCUAGCUUCCCAGCUAUCUGAUCUUUGGAACUUAAUGGACGCUCCUGUGGAGGAACAGCAACCGUUUCAUCAUGUCGCAUGCAAUAUGUCCUUAACAAUGGAUGAAGUGACAGUUCCAGGAGCUCUGGCUCUUGAUGUGGUUGAGCAGGCUGAACGUGAAGUUGAAAGGCUGGAUCAGCUGAAAGCUAGUAGGAUGAAGGAUAUUGCAUUCAAGAAGCAGACUGAACUUGAAGAUAUAUAUGCCCGGGCUCAUAUUGCAAUAGAUUCUAGUGCCGCAAGAGAUAGAAUAAUGUCUAUUAUUGACUCUAAUAGUUUUGAGCCUUCGGAACUACUUGCUGAUAUGGAGAGCCAGAUACUUAAAGCAAAAGAAGAGGCCUUAAGCAGAAAGGACAUACUGGAGAGGGUUGACAGGUGGAUGUCAGCAUGUGAAGAAGAGAGCUGGCUUGAAGACUAUAGCCGGGAUGAUAACAGAUACAGUGCAACUAGGGGUGCACAUCUGAAUCUGAAGCGUGCAGAAAAAGCUCGUGUUUUGGUCAAUAAAAUUCCAGCUAUUGUUGACACGCUAGUUGCAAAGACCCGGGCAUGGGAACAAGAGCAGGGCAUGCCGUUCAUCUAUGAUGGCGUUCUGCUCCUUGCAAUGCUGGAUGAAUACAAAAUUCUGAGGCAGGAGAAGGAAGAAGAGAAGCGGAGAAUGAGGGACCAUAAAAAGAUGAAUGAUCAGCUAGCCGCUGAACAGGAGAAGCUGUUCGGGUCAAAACCGAGCCCAGCUCGGCCCCAGUCCUCAAGGAAGGUGGCUGGUGCCCGGGUAAAUGGUGGAGCCGCUAAUGGCACGCCGGUCCGGAGGCUGUCAGCCCUCCAGAGUGGCGGCAGGACCGCGAGCCGGGACGGGCGAAGGGACACAGGCAGGCCGGCGGCUCCGGUGAACUACGUCGCCAUUGCCAAGGAUGACGCGGCCUCGCAGGUGUCCAGCAACCACACGGGGCCGUCCACCCCCUGACCCCAUGUCGUCUGGUGAUUGGUCCAUGAUUGGUGGUACCUGGCGGUCACAGCGUUAGAGAUAUAUAUCUGUGCAGUAGUCAGUAUCAUAGCUAGGCGGGGUUGGCUCGCUGGUGGUUUCUUCUCCGGUGACGUUGUCGUCCUCUAGAUCGGAUGCAGGUGCUAUGGAAAGUUGAAACAAACAGAGCUGGAUA